CUGUAUCCAUUGACCUUGGAGCCUCCUUUUGUUGAUUAUUAUUGUAUAACUUGUGUAAGCUCAAGAUUCUUUCUUGAGGUGGAUGGACUAGUCGCCUCUGCUAGCACUUGCGCACCGUAUGAUGGGAGCAGGAUGUUUUUUCAGCCCUAGUACUUUUGCCUGCUGAGAACGGUUGUUCUUGUACUUCCAGUGAUAAAUCACAAUUUAAAUUCAAAUUUUACUUUUUGACGUUGCAAAUUACUCACCUCGUUGUUUCCUACCAUCGUCAUGACCGACCUGACUGUGCUUUCCUCUUCUCCUCUUCAUCUGUAUCCUCUAGUUAGCGCCUCUCGCUCAUCUUUCUUCAAUAACUAUGUCCCAAGUUCCAGCUCAAGCCAAGUAAGCCUCGUAACGCCCGAUGUACCAAAGAAGUCAGAACGGCCAGCUCGAUUGGAUAUUGUGCCGAAAGCUCGCAGACAAGAAUCCGACACUAAGGAUGGUCGACGAAUACAGAGCCCUGAUGAGGAAGAGGAAGAAAUUGAAUCGCCCGACUCAUACGUAGGACCACAAACUGCUGGCUGGAACCGUAGCGGUCAUAACUGGCAACUAGAUCCGGCUUCUCCUUCCUCCACAUCGCCGAAACUGGCCCCAUCUCAUCUAAAUCGAGGACGGACAAAACUACAGCAGCAUCGGCCUGCCAGAUCACGAAGUGCUCCUCCCAUCCAAACGACAUUUUCAGAGCCGCUGUCAAAACCUUUUACUGCCGCCCCUGACACGACUACAUUCGACCUUCAUAAGCUACGGCGUUAUACCAGUGGCUCCACAUAUACAUCUGGGACCGAGUCUGGCUCUUCUUCGCCAUCGAAUUCAUUUUCUAGUCCUCCUUCAUACGGUUAUGGCUACGGAAAGUCGAAGGGCGGAGACUUAUUACGCCCUCCACCGCCUUUACACCGACCAACUACCUUUUGGCGGCGCACACCGCGUUCGGGAGUCACCGCCUCUUCUUAUUCACCAUCCUCACAUCUGAUACGACGAUCUACUUUCGUCGCAGCAGGACUACCAUUCGAAAGCCCCAUGGCUGAUAUCAGUGCACUGGGAGUUGAAAGCCGGAUUAAGGCUCAAUUUAACGAGGAUAAUGCUCGGGCAAAGGUCAGCGAGGUAUUCUGGGAAGUCGUCGUGCAGCGGUGAUCAUGGCACGCUUGUGCGACUUGCCUAUUUCAUAGACUUGCAGAAGUCGAACCUACACCACCAUCAUUUGCCACCUACCGUUCCUUUAAACUCAUCAUUUCUUUCAUCACCACAAUAUGUGGACUCGUGCUGAUAUAGUUAUCUUGAGCUCCUUUGCUUCGCCCUUCCACGC